AUGAAAAAUGAUAAAAAAUUAAGCUUGUAUGAUAUUUUGGGUAUUGAAAAAAAUGCUACUAUUAAAGAGAUAGCUAAGGCAUACAGAAUAUUGGCCUUGAUAUAUCAUCCUGACAAAUUUUUAGCAAAUAGUAAAAAGCUAAAUAAUGAAGGAAAAGAACAAAAAAAACAAGCUGAAAAGGAAAAAAAAGGAAAGAAAAAAGAAAAGGAUGAUAAAAGUCUAAAUAGCAAUGAUAAUGAAGAAUUAACUUUAGAAAAAUGUAAAGAAAUGUUUUUACAAAUUCAGAGAGCGUAUGAAAUAUUAAGGGAUCCAGACAAAAGAAAAAAUUACGAUGAAUAUGGUUUAGAAGAUGAAUUUUCAGAAUUCAAAAAUUUCUUUGAUCCUAAAUUAUUUCACUCUAGAAUUAAAGUAGAAGAUAUAUUAAAUUAUGAAAAAUCCUACAAAAAUAGUGAAGAUGAAAAAGAAGAUUUAAUUCAGUUUUAUAAUAAAUUCAACGGAAAUCUAGAAAAUAUUUUAGAAUAUAUACCAUUUAGUGAUGAAAAUGAUUUAGAUAGAUUUGUGAAUAUUUUUGAAAACUUAUUUAAAUCAAAAAAAAUAAAGAAAACUUCUAGCUAUAGCGAUUCGUUAAAAAAUAUAAAUAAUAUUAUUAAAAAAUAUAAAAAUUUGAUGAAAAAGGAUUCUAAAAAAAGUAAAAAAAGAAAAAGUGAGCAACCUAUUGAUGAUUUAGUUUUAGCUAUAAGAAAUAAUGAAGCAAGAAGAACUUUAAAAAUUAAUUCACUUCUCUCAAAUAUUGAAAAAGAAUAUGGUAAGAAAAAUUCAAAAAAAAGAAAGCAAAAACCUCCAACGGAGGAAGAAUUAAGUGAAAUAAGAAAGAAAUUAGAAGAAAAUAAAAAGAAGAAUAUGGAAUUGAAAAAAUUAAAGAAAAACUAA